UUGUGGAAACGAGGGAAAGAAGCCCUAAACCUACAAUUUACCGGGAAAAUGAACAAUUCUCUUCAACGACGCCGGAUGGUGUCAACUUGGCAAUUAUUUUCCAAUGCAGGAGACGAUCUCCGGUGGAAAAUCUCUCCUUCUCCGGCACCUUCUCAUCACCUUAAUCAACUCCACUGCUCUCCUCCUCCUAAUUUCCCUUCGUUCCACGAUGUUUUACUUCAAGGAAGUUCAAAGAUUCUUGGAGAUUGCGAGGAGCAUAAUGCUGAAGUGUUUGAGACUCCAAUGGUUCGAACUGGACAAGGAAGCACUGUUGUUUUGAAGAAAUCGUCUAUUGCUAAAGCAUCUUCUGUUCUCGGUGAUGAUGUUUUCGCCGAUUUUGAUACUGGGAAACCAAGUUGUAAAGGAAAAGAUUUCAGUUCUCCGAAUUCCAUGUUUCAAACGGGUUCAGGGAAGAGAUUAAACAUAUCCCCAGCUGGACUUCUUAGAGCUAAAACUUUAUUGGGUGUACAUGAAAUUAACAAUGAUUGCUCCUUCCAAAGCAUUCAGCCUCCAAAGAAGAAAUUAUGUCGAGUUCGCACCGCAUCACUUGAAAAAGGGACUGAGAUUAAUACAUUUUGCUCAAAAUUGCCUUUUAAUUUGAAGAAUAAUUCAUCAGAAAUUGAUUCUGUUGAUAAGGAUAUUGGUAAACUUAUACGACCAGUUUUCUCUGGUGGCACCACGAAACCAACUUCAAUCAAGUUCCAAACUGCUGGUGGCAGGUUUAUAUCCGUUUCUAAAGAUGCUUUACAGCAGGCCAGAAACCUUCUUGGUGAUCCAGAAAUGGACAGUCUUCCAAAUGAGAGUGGUGAUGAUGCUUUUAUGUUCUCAUUUAUCAGUCAUAGUAAUACUGAUGGGAGCGCCUUUACCAAGGACAACAACAAUGAUUCUUCUCAUCAACGUAAACAAAACUCGAAGAUCUUUGUAUCACCUAUGAAGCCAUCUUCUCACAAAAAACAAGAAGUAAAAUCUGAUAGUUUACUCUCAGGAACCAAUUUAAUGAGGAAAUUUGAUGCCGAGGCAAUCAUUAAUAACUCAAAUGACAAACCAUCUAUAUCCUAUCUGACGAACACAAUGCAAGGAAAGCUUGAUGUUUUUGAUGCCACACCUCAAAAGUCUUUGUCUAAUGGUCCUGGUCCAUGUUCACAUUUUUCCAAAUCUUCAAAACCAUCUGGUUUGCCACUUGCUGAAAUUACAAAUACCGCAACAAGUGACUCUAUCACUAAGAAAGGAACCAAAGUUCUAAAGAGACAUGGAAGAAGUUAUGUUUCCCCUUUUAAAAGGCCAAGGAGUUCCAAGUUCAUUACAUCUAUGAACUACAGCAAGUUCUCAGUUCCCAAUGAAUUGUCUGGUAUGGAACAUGAAGCUCCAUGUCCCCGAAAUAAGGUUUCUACCCGUUUUCCAUUUAGGCAUUCAAGAUUAUAUGUCAAAGAGUAUUUUAAAGAGCCACCGAUCCAUACAAAAGAGUUGGAGCAUCUUCCUGCACAAGUGCGUCAAUUAAAUCCUCAGAAUUCAGAGAGAUACUCAUUUUGUGAUGGAUCUCAGAUAGUUGGUGUUGAAAAUUUCUACCAUAUGCUGGUUCAGAGUGAAGCUUCCAUGCAAUAUGCAUCCAAGGAGUGGGUUGCAAAUCACUACAAGUGGAUUGUGUGGAAACUUGCAAGCUAUGAGAGAUGUUAUUCAGCUAAAGUUUUGAAGAAGUUUCUAACUGUUUUGAAUGUUCUUGAGGAGUUGAAAUAUAGAUAUGAACGUGAGGUUAAUCAUGGUCAGUGUUCUGCAAUCAAGAGAAUCCUAGAAGGAGAUGCAUUGCCUUCUUCCACACUGGUGCUAUGCGUUUCAGAGGUUCAAAGUGCACUUCCAAGUUUGGAAGGAAAGACUAGCAUUUCCACAUUAGAGCUUACUGAUGGGUGGUACUCAAUAUGUGCCCAGUUGGAUCACUUGCUUUCAAAGCAGCUUGCAGGUGGAAAAAUAUUUGUGGGUCAAAAACUACGGAUAUGUGGAGCCGGGUUAAAUGGUUGGGAUGGACCUGUUUCUCCUCUCAAGGCAUUUCCAACAGUUAGUUUAGUGCUACAUAUGAACGGAACUUACAGAGCUCGUUGGGACGAACGUUUGGGAUUCUGCAGAGGUGUAUGUACACCUCUGGCAUUUAGGUGUAUCAAGGAUGAUGGAGGUGUAGUCCCAUGUACUAUAGUCGGUAUUACUAGGAUUUAUCCUGUUCUAUAUAAAGAAAGGUUGAGGAGUGGAGCAUCUGUUGUGAGGUCUGAAAGGUGGGAGGCUUCUUGUGCCCAACUGCAUAAUCAAAGGUGCUCUGACAUCAUAGAAGGAAUUACAUCAGACUUUCAGAGAGGUUCAAUCGGUUCUUGUAUCGAGAAUGACUAUGAUGAUGAAGGGGCAAAGAUCCUAAAGAUGCUGGAGAGUGUUGCUGAACCAGAACUAUUGAUGGCAGAUAUGAGCCCCGAGCAACUUACAUCAUUCUCUAAAUAUCAAGCUAAAGUUGAGGAAAAAAGGCAAGAAAACUUGCAACGAUUGAUUGUGAAAGCCCUUGAAGAUGAAGGCUUAAAUGCAAGGAAUGUAACUCAGUUUAUGCGAGUGAGAGUUGUUGGACUACAAAGUAAAGGACAAUGCAAAGGGGAAGUCCUAAGAAAUGGUUUGAUUACGAUUUGGAAUCCUACCGAAUGGCAGAGGCUUGAGCUGGUAGAGGGGGAGGCUUAUGCUAUUUCAGGCCUCACACCAUUACAUUCUGAUUCUAAUACACUCUAUCUACAAAAUAGAGGAUGGAACAACAAAUGGAAGAAAUUGACUAGGAAAGACAGAGAACUAUUUGGGCCCUUCUUUGAUCCUCCCAAGCCGGUAUUGUUAUCUAAAAUAGGUGAAGUUUCCAGUGACUUUGAUACUGCGGUGUUGGUUUUACACGUGGGUUUAGAGUUCUUAUCUGGUCAGCACAAGAAACAAUGGGUGUUUGUUACUGAUGGAUCUGUGUACAAGUUACAAACAGAAGAAUCGACUGUCUCAUUGAUGGCCAUUAUCUUUUCUACCCAAUGCACAGAUGAUUGUAUUUCUCCAAUUAAUUCUAACCUUGUUGGGAGCAUAGUUGGCUUUCGCAAUCUCACGAAGAGAGACAAGGAUCAUGGGAAUCAUAUGUGGGUAGCAGAAGCUACAGAAAAUUCAACAUAUUACCUUAAUUGUGACCAUCCUUCUUGCUCACAUCUUAAAGAUUCAUUUUAUCGUGUCAAGAGAUGGGAGCAGCGUGCUAGCUUGACAAUUGAGAAGCUUAAGAAGAAGGUAUUGGAUAUAAUUGGUGGUCCUGCUCCUGAAGGGUGAGCGUUGAGGUUGUUACCUAAUUAACUGAUUGCCCUAUAAGUUCAUAUGCUAAUUCUUAGCAAAGUAACAAGUGUGCAUCUAAGGGGAAGAGAUUAGAUCUCAUUGAUAUUUUGUCAUAUACUUUUAGAUCAUUGUAUUGUAUUAGUGUAGCGUCUUGUUGAUGCAUAAUUAUGUUAUUCUAAAGUUGACUGGAAGGUUUCCAUAAAUUAUUGGAUCCAAUCCAUUUUUAUGUGGGUCUCUUAGUAGGCUGUUUGAUUACCGAAAUGUUUUAGCAUCCUUGUGUUUGUAUACAAAUCCUUGGCAUGAGUACUAGUUCAAUGCCAAGGCCUUAAUCCACAGGGAUGUUAACUGUUGAUAAAAGUCAUUGGCAUGAGUAUUUGAAAAUUGAUUACUUUUGGAUGUUCUUUCUUCGCGCA